AUGAAUUCUCAGAUUUGCAGAUCUGCUUCACGAGCAGCUAAGUCACUCCUUUCUGCUUCAUCUAAACAGACUUCUCGUGCUUUUUCAGGAGGACGAGCAGCAGCUGCAGCUGCCACAGUUUCUUUGAGAGGAGUGGUGCCUUCUCUAGCCUCAUAUGGCAGGAGUGAAUCUGGAAAUGCAUCUAGAGCUUGGAUUUCUGGUGUCCUUGCCCUUCCUGCAGCAGCUUACAUGCUCCAGGAGCAAGAAGCACAUGCUGCUGAGAUGGAGCGCACCUUUAUCGCCAUCAAGCCAGAUGGAGUACAGAGGGGCCUGAUUUCAGAAAUCGUAUCACGCUUUGAGCGCAAGGGCUUCAAGCUGGUUGCAAUCAAAGUUGUGAUUCCUUCAAAGGAAUUUGCAAAGAAGCACUAUCAUGACUUGAGUGAGAGACCAUUCUUUAAUGGUUUGUGCGAUUUCCUUAGCUCUGGCCCUGUCUUAGCAAUGGUUUGGGAAGGUGAAGGUGUAAUCAGAUAUGGAAGGAAGCUUAUUGGAGCCACUGAUCCACAGAAAUCUGAACCUGGAACCAUCAGAGGCGAUUUAGCUGUUGUAGUCGGAAGGAACAUCAUCCAUGGCAGCGAUGGCCCCGAGACCGCAAAGGAUGAAAUCAACCUAUGGUUUAAACCAGAGGAGUUGGUUAAGUACACCAGCAACUCUGAGAAGUGGCUAUAUGGUGAUAACUAAGUGAAUGUACUCUUUGCAUUAAUCUAAUUAAUUUGCCAUUAGAUAGGCAUGAGGGGUAGCAACUCAUAAAUCAAAAUAAUACCAUUUUUUCCUAAGGCGAGUAGCAACUUUACAUUUAGUAUACUAUUUAAAAUCACCACAAUAAUAUGUAUUGAAACAUUGAAUUUCAUUUUUCUUGUUCCAAUGCAAUGAUCUAUUGCCACUAUUGGUGGGAUGUGUAAUGAAGUACUUCUUUCGGAGUUAAA